GGUUUUAAUCCUAAUGGCUUCUCAUGGUCCUUUUUUCAACAGGACAGGGUGUACUUUUAAAUCGGACAAGUAAGGAAUGUCCACAAGAAAAGCCCCCUCCUCCUACUGGGCCUGCCUUUGCUGUAUUAGGUGUAUGUCUCUUUAAGAGGCGUUCCCCUGUAUGCUAAUCUCACCGCCCAAGCUCCGCCCUGUUUCCGCCUGAGUGCUGUGUGUCUGUGUGAGAGCGAUAGCAGUGGAGAGGCAGGGCAGGGUCCCAACACGGCAACAGGGAGCACGAGAGAGGGUGUGCGUGUUCGCGACUUGUUUUCGUUUGUUUGUUUGGCGAUGAGGUAACUUCGCGCAGCCUCGCGUCGGAUCCGUCGAGCUUUCCUCGUGAAGAUGGUGUCGCGCUCUGCAGACCGAGGACUGUCCCCGCCUCCGCCUCCUCGCUGCCGUUUCGUGCCCGAACUUCAGCUUAUCGUGGUGGUGGUGGUGCACGGAAAGGCGCGCGGAGUCCCUCAGCUGGAGCGCAUCGAGACCGUUCACUUUUAAACUGCAGCGCGCGCGGCGGAGUCGUGACUGGAGCGAGCGAGCGAGCGAGCGAGCGCGUGGCAUCUGACAGCAGCGGCAACAGUAGCUCGCGCUCGUGUUUCCUCACAACUUUUACUGCCCAAACUUCGUUAUAGAGUCUUUUUCUGUUGAAUAUUUCUCUCGGAAUCAAAACAGAAUCGCUUUUUAAAGGAAUUCAACCUUUUUUUUUUGGCGUUUUUACUCUUUUCUGCUCGGAGGAAUGCCGGCGCGUGAGCGUCGUCGUUUAAAGGAACUCCACCUGAGGUAACCGGAGGAGUUAUUUAUUCUUCUUCUCUUUUAUUACCUUUUCCUCCGUGUUUUACCCGUUAAGAGGAUGAACUCGGAGCCCGACGGCGUCUCUCUCUCGGUCCCGUGUCGCGAGGAGGGCUCGCGCCCAGCCGUACCAGCCGCCGGCACGUUCUGGCACGACCCUGCGGCGGCGGCGGUCAGCACAGGAUGCCCCGCGGAGAGCGGACACGGGCUGCUGGCUGCGGCGGGGAAGUGCAGCUCAGCCAGCCGCCGGGCCAGCGUGUCUUACGUGCUGAACUCGGAGACGGGCGCGGAGAGCAUGGCCCUGCAGUGCCUGAGGGACGCCUGCGAGACCGUGGGCAGCACGCUGGAGAUCGUGCUCUUCGGGAAGCUGGACUUCGGCGAGACGUCCGUGCUCGACCGCUUCUACAACGCAGAUAUUGCUGUGGUGGAGAUGACCGAUGCUUUCAGGCAGCCAUCUCUGUUCUAUCACCUGGGAGUGAGGGAGAGUUUCAGCAUGGCCAACAACAUCAUCCUGUACUGUGACUCCAACUCAGACUCACUGCAGUCUCUACAGGAGAUUGUGUGCCAUAAGAACACUACGUGUGCGGCUAACUACCUGUUCAUCCCAUACAUGGUGACCCCUCAGAAUAAGGUGUACUGCUGUGAGAGCAGUCUGAUGAAGGGGCUCAGCGAGCUGAUGCAGCCCAGCUUUGAGGCUCUGCUCGGACCCAUCUGCAUGCCCCUGCUGGACCGCCUCGUCCAGAUCCUCACUGUAACGCAGACCAGCUCCUG